AUGCCCACAGUCUUUCUAUCCUCCUGUGCGUAUCUGAAUAUGUCGGACUUGUCGUCGUGGCAUCGACCUGUGGGAUCCACAACACAGUCGACAGCMCCCGCCACGCCUUUAGACCCAGCAUGGGAUUCUGAAUUUCAACCAUGUGCUUCAACGGCUUCGUUGUUCCUAUUCUCCCAAGGCUCGGUCAUUCUUUGUCUGCAUCACGACACCUUGGCUAUCGAGCGCCGGUUCACACUUCAUGAAGAAAGGAUAGCGUUUAUAUGUGUCGAUAAUGUUAGUGAACGAGGUGCCGGGCGGUUGGUGGUCAGCUAUGAUUUCGCUCAAACAGCAAUUGUCUGGGAUCUUUUCACUGGAAGUGAAAUCUCGCGCUUCGCCUCAUAUGAGCCUCUUCGGGUAGCAGCAUGGAUGCGGAAUGGGAAUGUGGCUUUCGGCAACGGCAAGGGCGAUGUCAUAUUGUUUGAGCCUUCGACUUCAGAGCACUUGUCGGCCCGAACAAUUUUCGACCCGAUAACCUCCCUGGCCCCAUCGGCAGACUGCCGGACUUAUGCAAUUGGCUAUCAAAAUGGCUCGAUUCUCAUAGCAACGUUGCACCCGGCGUUCACCAUCCUCCAUACUCUUUCUACCAGCCGCGGCCCAUCCCCAAUAGCAUGUCUCGCCUGGCAUGCAUCUUCAUCGAAACAAAAGUCGGAUAUGCUUGCCACACAAACUCUGGAUGGCGAUCUUCGAGUAUGGAGUGUGGCAAAGGCGCCUAUGACGGAAACCCCUCGAGUUAUUCGUGCAUUGAAACGCACCGAACCAUACUCGACAGGCCCGAAGUGGAUAUCCUGGUCCAAGAAUGGCAGAAUCGUACAAUACUCAGACAGGGAAACCUGGGUUUGGGAUGUUAGGACGAAACAUGUCACGUAUGUGACUAUUCCUACGAUCGAAGACGUCCUUGGUAUGGCCAAUUACGGACCGACUGCGACUCUCUUUACUCUCGGCCCCAAUGAUACCGUCCAGCAAUACGAUCUGGAAAAUCCAGCUAUGGUCAAGAAUGUCAGGCAUCUUCCGAUGGACCAGAUGGCGAUUGUCGAAGAGUCAAAAAUGAGGCCAAUGUCACCCAGCUACUUCUCAAGGGGAAGCGGGACGCGAAGUGCCCAAGGUUUCCGAGGGCCAGAAGUUUCGAUUCAAGAGCUAGCAAGCCAGCAACGAGCAGCCACCGCUAGUCCAAUGUCACAGCGCAGCCGUACUAACUCAAUCAGCUCGCAUGCUUCGUCUGGCCGGGUCCGACCCUUCUCUCCCGUCAAUAAAUCAACCUAUAGUGGAACGACCUUUUCCAUGACAUCGCCUCUCGGUCGUCUGCCUUCUCAGUCCGGAACAUCCAUUGCAUAUGGAUCUACCGCAUCGGUCUCUUCCGUCCGCUCUCGAGGCGGCUCGCGGCUUCGCCAUGAAGUUACCCAAAGCCCUGUCGACAAGCCGUUGGUAGAUCUCUUCCCAUUCACGAGGGAACGAGUCAAUGAAGUCUCGUAUAUGCAGCAAGUACCCCCACUUGACGAGUCUCACCUAACGCCCGAAGCAUUGCGACAACAGAUGCUUCGUGUAGUUUUUGGAUGGGAGGGGGAUAUCGAAGGCCUUAUCAGGGACGAACUAAACCGACAUCCUCCGGCUAGUCAGAAUGCCAUAUUCCUUUCACGUUGGCUGGGCGAGAACGAUCCAAUGCAAAUGAUGGCUAUGCUUAGUGCUGGCCCCGUCAAUUCCUCUGCGUGGAUGUUCCUGGCUCUUAGUCAAAUGGGUGGUGAAGAGCAAGCCAAUCAGGUCGGCCAGAGUUUCGUUCAGAGGUUGCUCGAAAUUGGCGAUAUCCACGCUUCUGCUACAAUUCUGCUAGCUCUCGGAGACCGCAACGAUGCAAUUGAGGUCUAUGUGUCGCGGAACUAUUUCAUGGAAGCCAUCCUCAUGACCUGCCUCCUACUGCCGAGCGACUGGCAGCGACAGUCAUACCUUGUUCGCCGAUGGGGUGAACAUGUGGUAUCGAAUGCUCAGCAACAGCUAGCAAUCCGAUGUUUCAUGUGCACAGGAGCCGAGCCUUCAGAGCCAUGGAUGUCUCCUACGGCGCCCAACGCACCUUAUCGCAUUGCCUCGCCUGUUUCUGAACCCCAGCCUAAGCCGGUCGAAAUGCUGAAACCCGAGUCUGCCAACCGAAUGACCGUGAAGAACUCUGCCCUCAAGCUUAUCACUUCUUUUGGUCCUCAAGGCAAUCAAGCAUUCAAAUUUCCAGGUCUCAAGUCGGAUGAUCGCACUCCUACAAAUGCACCCGGUAUCACACCUAUUGCUGAAUCAGCCGUCGGAGAGUCUGCUCUCUCGCCAGGAGGUCUCGGAUCGUAUAGACUCAAUAAUGCGCGCAGCCUCAAUAACGCAUUGUCCAGAGUUGGAACACCCUCUCAUGCACACCGACAUCGACUACCUUCUAUAGGUGAAACCCCAGUGGAUUCGCAGCCUCCCAACUUCCCUCCCAGAUCCCUUCCCACGCCGGUUGAUUCGAGUUCCGAGAAAGGAAAGCGUCACAUAAUCAGGUCCGAUCACAACGAUUCUAGCGACAAUAACGAGCCACCUGUGCUGCUAUUGACUUCUGCACGCUACGAACCAGGCAAGGAUAGCCACGGCCCAAGCCCACAAACAGCCGUGCAGACAACAACCCACAAGUUUGAAGGCAUCAAGGGUCUUCCAUCACCUGCUGCCGGAGUUUUUGAGACACUCAAAGGACAGGCCGCAGCAAGAAACGGCUCUCGCGACCGCAAACCAGAAGGACUUCACAUUCAGUGGCCUCCAGUCGAUACAUCCGAGUCUGAAGCUGGUCCAUAUACUGACGGCACCGGUGGUGGAACUCCAAGUUCGGUAUUCCAAACCUUGCGCUCUGCAAAGAGUCCUAGUGUCAGCAGCCGCAGCAUUGACCAAUACAUCAGCAGCCUAGACGAGGCUAAUUACUAUGCCAAAAAUGUUCAUCAUCCUCAUACAAAGACUCGGCGACAUGGAGACGCAGGUAGUGAACACGGCAAAAAGAGUUCUAGAAAUGGCUCAGUAGACUCUCGUGGACGGGCAACAAACCGGUACAUUGCACCUGCCAAACGUUCACCAUCUUCGCCUGUGCCAAUGUCUCCUGAAGAGUUUGCCAAAUACAACGCAAGCGUGGACAGCCUCGGCACUGAUGCUUCGAAGCAUCGCAGCAGGAGUCAUACCAAGGGCAGCUCCCGUGUUCGUAGCUCGUCCAAAACCGACCGACGUCAACGAUCGUCAUCUAGGGGGAUCGAUCGGAAGCAAAAGGUAAAGAGUCGCAAUAGCAGUCGUCGCCAGAGUCGAGGCCGCAGUGCUGAUAGGAGCAAAUCGGGCAUUCGAUCGCCGACGUCGCCAUUGCCAAUGUCACCUUCCGAGGAUGUGAGAGGUUUUGAAGACAGCCUUCGUUUUGUUACUAGCGAUCGCGAACGACUACACCGAUCUCGACAGCGCAGUUCCAGUCGCCAUGGUACCAGCAGUGUCAGACGUGACCCUUCACCAGAUAAACGACGUAGAGGUCGAUCAAGCAGCCGCCAGCCUCAAGAACACAGUCACGAGCCAGAUUCCAAUUCUCAGAUUAUGUUGUCAAGCGAGUCUUUUGAAGACACUUCAAGAACAGAAUUCUCCAGUAAUUCGAACAAGGUUUUGAGUGCACAUGAAAGAGCAAAGAGGGAAUUGGCGGCCGCAGAACUCGAGGCCCGACGACUCUCGCUAGCUCGACGCCCCUCGGCUCCCAAGAUUCCACAUCCUGGUGACUUUCAGACCGCUGCAAUGAUGUCUGUUGUUGGUGGGAAUCUACCGGAAAGCCCACCGUCAUCAGGCGGGUCUUUCAACAAACGGGUCCGGUCCAAGAGUAACGCCAGCAAAAGAUCACCGACCUUUGGGAAUGGAUCUGAUUCCGGAUCGUCUACAAGAGGGCGUUCUGGCACCGUCGGUCUACCAGCUACACCAAAGGCAAUGCGACGUCCAAAGUAUAGCGAUGGGUAUGUUGACGAUGAGGCGCCAGCGAUGCCGGAAAUGCCGCUGACGCUCCCGAGCACGGUCUAUCAAGCAGAAGCGGCCAGAAUUAGCCGGUCCAUGUCGGUACCAGUGGUUGAGUUUCACCAAACACCGGUUCCCUCCGACCUUCCCCAUCAUCCCAGGUUCAUUCCUCAUAUGCCGCGAAGCAGAUCGACAAGCAGGACUCGAGGACCACGGGGACAUCGACGUGAAAACUCUGGAGAGCUUGGAAUGUCGACUCAUGGAUCGCCCCCGUCAGUCUCUGUGAGUAUUGAGCCUGACAUUAUUGUGGACACAACGAAAAUCGUUCCUCCAAUUCUUCCGGAGCUACAGCAUUUAAACACGCCUCCGCCACCACCACCUGCUCCUAGGGGAAGGGAAAUGGUGUCGAGUCAAAUUAUUACCGAUAAUGCACGUGUAGGUCAUGAGCUUACACGGCCAAUGACAACCGGUGCCGACGCGCAGUCUAUGCGUAGGAUGUCUGUUGACCAUCGACGAGGUCGCAGCAUCAACGAGACUUUCGCAAGCAAGUUCAGAAACCUCACCGGUCGAAUGCGCAGUACCAGCCGUGGACCUGUUGUACGGUCCCCACCGACAGAAUCUGAUAAGAACGCCAUCUCUCCGUAUGAAAGCGUUCAAGCACCACGGGAUUAG